UUAGCGGUGUAUUGUGGGAUGUGCGGCUCCUGGGAGCCGAGCCUCCGCCGCCAGCCGCCUCCGGGGCAGCAGCAGCAGCAGCGGCAGCGGCAGCGGCGGCGGCGGCGGCGGCAGCAGCUCCGGGCCCGGCGGCGGCGGCAGCAGCGGCGGCGGCUCCCCCCGCGCCCGGCCCCCCGCCCCGCAGCCCCGGCCUCGGCGCCCGCGGGGGACACCAUGUACUGGCUGGCGGCGCAGGGAGGCCGGCGCCCGGCGGGGAUGUUGGGUUAACGGCAUGGAGAACAGUCACCCCCACCACCACCACCAGCAGCCCCCGCCGCAGCCCGGCCCUGCGGGCGAGAGGAGGAACCACCACUGGAGAAGUUACAAGUUGAUGAUUGACCCGGCUCUGAAGAAGGGACACCACAAGCUGUACCGCUACGAUGGGCAGCACUUCAGCCUGGCGAUGUCCAGCAACCGCCCGGUGGACAUCGUCGAGGACCCCCGGGUGGUCGGGAUCUGGACCAAAAACAAGGAGCUGGAGCUGUCGGUGCCCAAAUUCAAGAUCGAUGAGUUCUACGUGGGCCCCGUGCCUCCGAAGCAGGUGACAUUUGCCAAGCUGAAUGACAACAUCCGCGAAAACUUCCUGCGGGACAUGUGCAAGAAGUAUGGGGAGGUGGAGGAGGUGGAGAUCCUGUACAACCCCAAGACCAAGAAGCACCUGGGCAUCGCCAAGGUGGUCUUUGCCACGGUCCGGGGCGCCAAGGAGGCCGUGCAGCACUUGCACAGCACCUCGGUCAUGGGCAACAUCAUCCACGUGGAGCUGGACACCAAAGGGGAAACCCGGAUGCGGUUUUAUGAGCUGCUGGUCACAGGCCGGUACACACCCCAGACCCUGCCGGUGGGCGAGCUGGAUGCGGUCUCUCCCAUCGUGAACGAGGCCCUGCAGUUGUCUGAUGCCCUGAAGCGCCUCAAGGAUGGUGGCCUCUCCACGGGCUGUGGCUCCGGCUCCUCCUCUGUCACCCCGAACAGCGGCGGGACGCCCUUCUCCCAAGACACCGCCUACUCCAGCUGCCGCCUGGACACCCCCAACUCCUACGGGCAGGGCACCCCGCUCACGCCGCGCCUGGGCACCCCGUUCUCGCAGGACUCCAGCUACUCCAGCCGCCAGCCCACGCCCUCGUACCUCUUCGGCCAGGACCCCGCCGUGCCCUUCAAGCCCCGGCGCCACGAGAGCAAGUUCACGGACGCCUACAACCGGCGCCACGAGCACCACUACGUCCACAACUCGUCCGCCGCCCCCGCGGGGGCCGGGGCCGGGGCCGCGGCCGCCUUCAGGGGCUCCGUGGACCUCCCGUUCGGGGCCGGGGGCGGCGGCCCUCCCUUCAAGGCCCAGCCACAGGACUCGGCCACGUUUGCCCACACUCCACCGCCCCCCGCCCAGGCGACCCCCGCUCCCGGGGUCACGUUCAAGGCCGCUUUCUCCCCCUAUCAGACUCCGGUGCCCCCGUUCCCCCCGCCCCCCGAGGAGCCCGCCGCCCCCACCACCACCGCGGCCGCCCCCACCACCACCACCACCGCCGCCACCGCGGCCGCCUUCGGGGCCCGGGACAGUGGGGAGUUCCGGAGAGCCCCUGUGCCCCCGCCCCUGCCGCCCACAGAGCCCCGGACCAAGGAGAAGCCGGGCACGCCGCCCGGCCCCCCGCCCCCCGAGGCCAACAGCUUGGAGCUGGGCGGCCGGCCAGCCUUCGGCUGGAGCCCCGAGCCCUGCCACAGCCCGGGCACCCCCACGCUGGAGUCGCCGUCGCCCGCGGGGCUGGAGAAGCCGCACGACAGCCUGGACUCGCGCAUCGAGAUGCUGCUGAAGGAGCAGCGCACCAAGCUGCCCUUCCUCCCGGAGCAGGACUCGGACCCGGAGCUGCAGAUGGAGGGCAGCCCCAUCUCCUCCUCCUCCUCCCAGCUCUCCCCGCUGGCGCCCUUCGGCACCAACUGCCAGCCGGGCUUCCGCGGCCCCACGCCGCCCUCCUCGCGCCCCUCCAGCACCGGCCUGGAGGACAUCAGCCCCACGCCCCUGCCGGACUCGGACGAGGACGACGAGCUGGACCUGGGGCUGGGCCCCCGCCCCCCGCCCGAGCCGGGCCCCCCGGACCCCUCUGGCCUCCUGGGCCAGGCAACCGAGGCGACCUUGGACCUGGCUGGAGACAGGACCCCGACCUCGGAGAAGAUGGAUGAGGGCCAGCAGUCCUCGGGCGAGGACAUGGAGAUCUCAGACGACGAGAUGCCCUCGGCCCCGAUCACCAGCGCCGACUGCCCCAAGCCCAUGGUGGUGGCCCCGGGGUCGGCGGCCGUGGCAGGCCCCUCCGUGCUGGCCCCGAACCUGCCGCUGCCCCCGCCCCCCGGCUUCCCGCCACUGCCCCCGCCCCCGCCGCCCCCUCCGCCGCAGCCCGGCUUCCCCAUGCCCCCCCCUCUGCCGCCGCCGCCGCCGCCGCCCCCGGCCCACCCGGCCGUGGCGGUGCCCCCGCCCCCGCUGCCGGCGCCGCCCGGCGUGCCGCCGCCGCCCAUCCUGCCGCCCCUGCCGCCCUUCCCGCCCGGGCUGUUCCCCGUGAUGCAGGUGGACAUGAGCCACGUGCUGGGCGGCCAGUGGGGCGGCAUGCCCAUGUCCUUCCAGAUGCAGACGCAGAUGCUGAGCCGGCUGAUGACCGGCCACGGCGCCUGCCCCUACCCGCCCUUCAUGGCCGCCGCCGCGGCCGGGCUGCAGUUCGUCAACCUGCCGCCCUACCGCGGCCCCUUCGCCCUGGGCGGCGCGGGCCCCGGCCGCGGGCAGCCCUGGCCGCCGCUGCCCAAGUUCGACCCGUCCGUGCCGCCGCCCGGCUACCUGCCGCGCCAGGAGGACCCGCACAAGGCCACGGUGGACGGCGUGCUGCUGGUGGUGCUCAAGGAGCUGAAGGCCAUCAUGAAGCGCGACCUCAACCGCAAGAUGGUGGAGGUGGUGGCCUUCCGGGCCUUCGACGAGUGGUGGGACAAGAAGGAGCGGAUGGCCAAGGCCUCGCUGACCCCGGUGAAGUCGGGAGAGCACAAGGACGAGGACCGGCCGAAGCCCAAGGACCGCAUCACCUCCUGCCUGCUGGAGUCGUGGGGCAAGGGCGAGGGCCUGGGCUACGAGGGCCUGGGCCUGGGCAUCGGGCUGCGCGGGGCCAUCCGCCUGCCCUCCUUCAAGGUCAAGCGGAAGGAGCCCCCGGACACGGCCACGGCCGGAGACCAGAAGCGGCUGCGGCCCUCGGCCUCGGUGGACGAGGAGGACGAAGAGUCGGAGCGCGAGCGGGACCGGGACAUGGCAGACGCCCCCUGCGAGCUGGCCAAGCGGGACGCCAAGGGCGUGGGCGUGCGGCGGCGGCCGGCCCGGCCCCUGGAGCUGGACAGCGGCGGCGAGGAGGACGAGAAGGAGUCGCUGUCCGUGUCCUCGUCCUCGUCGGCCUCCUCCUCCUCGGGGUCCUCGUCCACCUCACCCUCCUCCUCGGCCUCGGACAAGGAGGAGCCGGACAGCACGGAGGAGGAGGAAGAGGAGGAGGAGGAGGAGGAGGACGAAGAAGAGAAAGAGGAAGAAGCCCCUGGGAGCCAGAUCUCCUCCUCCUCCUCCUCCUCCUCCUCCUCCUCCUCCUCCUCCACGUCGGAUAAGGACGACGAGGACAGUGACGGCCGGGAAGGCUUGAAGGACGGCGGUGAGGACCUGGCCGGGUCGGAGGCGAGCCACAGGGAGGAAGGCGACUCGGACGCAGAGGAGACGGCGAGCGUGGCCACCCGCAGGGCGGGGCCCGGCUCCUCCAGCAGCAGCUCCUCGUCCUCGGAGUUCGAGUCCAGUUCCGAGUCCUCGUCAUCGUCCUCCUCGGAGGAUGAAGAAGAGCUGGCGGCCGGGGAGGAGGAGGAGGAGGAGGAGGAGGAGGAAGAAGAGGAGGAAGAGGAGGAAGAGGAGGCAACCACGGACGAGAGCAUGGCCCCCGCCGUUCCCGACGAGAGCUUUGAGGAGGACGCGGCCGCGCAGGCCCCGGUGAUCGAGCCCGUGACGGAGGAGGAAGUGGACAUCGAGGACGAGGGCCCUGGGGAGCGGACCCCCGCGAUGGAGGAGCUGCCCCCGCCUGCGGGUGCGAGAGAGCCCCCCGGGGAGCCGGGUCCGAGCCAGGAAGCGGCCAGGCCCCCGUCUCCGGAGCCUCCUGCGACAGACACAGAGGCCCGCCUCCCCCCGCCCCCGGAGCCCCCCCGAGGGGAGGAUGUGGAAGCAAAGCCUGAGCCCCCUCUGCUGCUUUCCUUGCCUCCGCAGCCGCCGUUGCCACCCCCUCGACCGCCCCGGCCCCCCAGCCCGCCGCCCGAGCCCGAGCCCCCAGAGCCCCCGCCCCCGCCCGCCCCCCUGGAGCCUCCCCCCGAAGACCAGCCGCCGCGGACGCCGGGCAUCUGCGGCCUGGCCAAGUCGCAGAGCACGGAGACGGUGCCGGCCACGCCCGGCGGGGAGCCCCCGCUGUCCGGGGGCAGCAGCACCCUGUCCCUGAGCUCCCCGCAGGUGCCCGGCAGCCCCUUCUCCUACCCGGCCCAGUCCCCCGGCCUGGGCAGCGGCGGGCUCCCCCGGACGCCCGGCCGGGACUUCAGCUUCACGCCCACCUUCCCCGAGCCCGGCGGGCCCCUGCUCCUGCCCCUCUGCCCCCUGCCCGCCGGCCGCCGGGACGAGCGGCCCGGCCCUCUGCCGUCCCAGGUGCUCCUGGAGACCGGCCUGCCGCUGCCGCUGCCCCUGCCCCUGCCCCUGCCCCUGGCUUUGCCCGUGCCCGUGCCCGUCCUGCGGCCCCAAGCGCGGGCCCCUCCCCAGCUGCCGCCCCUGCUCCCCACCCCCCUGGCCUCCUGCCCGCCCCCCAUCAAGAGGAAGCCGGGCCGGCCCCGACGGUCCCCCCCGGCCCUGCUCUCCCUGGACGGGUCCUUGGUCCGGCCGCCGGGGGCAGCCGCCCUGGGCAGGGACCUUCUGCUCCUGCCGGGCCAGCCCCAGGCCCCGGUCUUCCCCAGCGCCCACGACCCCCGGGCAGUGACCCUGGACUUCCGGAACACGGGGAUCCCGGCCCCCCCGCCGCCCCUGCCCCCCCAGCCGCCGCCGCCCCCGCCCCCGCCCCCUGCGGAGCCCGCCAAGCUGCCCUUCAAGGAGCUGGAGAACCAGUGGCUGUCGGAGGCCAUCCCCCCGGGCCCCCGCGGGCGCGACGAUGCGGCCGAGGAGCUGCUGGAGCUGGCCAAGGCGCGCGGCCCCUGGCGCCGGCCGCCCAGGAAGCGCCACGAGGACCCGGCGGCGCCCGCCUCGCCCGAGCGCUCCCCGCCGCAGCCCCUGUUCCGGCCGCGCACCGAGUUCGAGGAGAUGACCAUCCUGUACGACAUCUGGAACGGCGGCAUCGACGAGGAGGACAUCCGCUUCCUGUGCGUCACCUACGAGCGGCUGCUACAGCAGGACAACGGCAUGGACUGGCUCAACGACACCCUCUGGGUCUACCACCCCUCCACCAGCCUCUCUUCAGCCAAGAAAAAGAAACGGGAGGAUGACAUCCCCGAGCACGCCACAGGCUGCGCCCGCAGCGAGGGCUUCUACACCAUCGACAAGAAGGACAAGAUCAGAUACCUCAACAGCACCCGCGCCAGCACAGACGAGCCCCCCACCGACACCCAGGGCAUGAGCAUCCCGGCGCAGCCGCACGCCUCCACCCGGGCCGGCUCCGAGCGCCGGUCCGAGCAGCGCCGCCUGCUGUCCUCCUUCACCGGCAGCUGCGACAGUGACCUGCUCAAGUUCAACCAGCUCAAGUUCCGGAAGAAAAAGCUCAAGUUCUGCAAGAGCCACAUCCACGACUGGGGCCUGUUCGCCAUGGAGCCCAUCGCGGCCGACGAGAUGGUCAUCGAGUACGUGGGCCAGAACAUCCGCCAGGUGAUCGCCGACAUGCGGGAGAAGCGCUACGAGGACGAGGGCAUCGGGAGCAGCUACAUGUUCCGGGUGGACCACGACACCAUCAUCGACGCCACCAAGUGCGGCAACUUUGCGCGCUUCAUCAACCACAGCUGCAACCCCAACUGCUACGCCAAGGUGAUCACGGUGGAGUCGCAGAAGAAGAUCGUCAUCUACUCCAAGCAGCACAUCAACGUCAACGAGGAGAUCACCUACGACUACAAGUUCCCCAUCGAGGACGUCAAGAUCCCCUGCCUCUGCAACUCCGAGAACUGCCGGGGGACCCUCAACUAGCCCGGCCCGGGCCGGCCCCCGCCCCAUUUCAGGUGCUGUCCUCUACCCAGCGGCCACGGCAGGGCCUGGCGCCCCAACACUACCCCAGGCCCGGCUCCGGCCCUCGGCGGGAAAGGGCUUCUCUGUCCGACGCCACGUGAAUGCCUCCGUUCUGCGUCGCUCUCCCCGGCUCCGUCUCUCUCUCUCUCCUGCCUCUUUCCCGUUGUGGUUUGUCAUCAGCCUCUUUCCGUGAAUGCUGCUACGUCGUCGUCUUUUUGUUUUUUUGUUUUUUGUCUUCCCUUUAUUUUCUUUCUUGUCACACGAAAAGACAUUUUAACCGUUGAAAUGUGAAGGCAGACUCGGGGAGCGGGGACCCCGGCAGGGGCUGCAGAGGCCGCCGUGGGCCGGGGCGCUGACCGUCCAGCAGCCGGGCGCCGGGCCGGGCGCCGGGCCGGGCGCCACGCCGGGUGCUGCUCACGCACAGGAGGGACUGCCGGCGGCUCUGACCUCAGAACACUAUGGAAGGCCCGCCCUCCACCCACGGACUCCGUGAGAAGAAGCUACAGACCGCACCCCGUCUGUCCUUCCCCCGGCAGCCAGGGGGCCACGUCCCACUCAGAAAUCCCCCCCAGGCUCUCUGCCACCCCAAGUCUGGGUUCAGUGUUUACUUUCUCCUUCGAAUGCCAGCAACGAGGGGCCCAGCAGGAGGGCCCGGCGUCACGGGCCCGAGGAGGGCCGCCCGGGGCAGGCGGGGCCCGUCUGGCCGCUGCAGGCAUCUGACCGGGCGUCUGACCGAGAUGCACGUGGACUUUUUCGUUUAUAAGCGUCCCCUGUUCGCUCCCAGCCCGCACUCUCCCUAAGACAUCAAGCGCAUAUUUAUUUCCAGGGUGAGACGCUUUCUCCCAGAGAAAAGGAAGAUCUCGGAAAGAUUUCAGAAUUCAGAUCUAGACCUGACAAGGUUUUCUUUUCUUUUUCUUUUUUUUUUUUUCUUAGCCCCUCCUUCCCCACUCCCACUUCCCACCCCCCAUCCCACCCCCUUCUGCAGGGUUCGAGUCCACGGGCUUGGUUCUCAUGCGCGUGUAGAAUCCAGCGAAAGGGGAAGGAGGUGUGUGAAGCUCAGACCCCACUUCUGUGUAAAUAGCUAGGCUGCCAGAAAGGACUUUUUCUCGGGAACAUUGUUUCUUGUAGAAACACGUGGGAAGACUUAUUUUUUUUUUUUUCUGAUUUCUUUGUACUUCCAAAAAAAAAAAAAAACCAACACAAAAAAAAACAAAAAAAAUCACCCAGGUCCCGCCCCCCCCGGACGCAGAACAGGACAGGCGUGUGCGUAACUGACGGGACGUGACCAGGACUCGGCCUCCCGCCCGCAGGGGCCUCUGGUAUCUCGGCUUGUGUCAAGCUUGUUAUCAUGUAAAUUCUGUACAAAGAAUUGUUAUUUUUCUCUUUUUUUUUUUUUUUUUUUGUCGUUGGUGAUUUUGUUGUGUUUUUUUCUUUCUUUCGGUUUCUUCACCCCAGCCCUCUCUGUUUGAGACUGUGCCCGCCGCCCGGCCUCACUGAGGCCGCGCGCUGAGACGCAGGGGGGGCCCUGGGCACAGCGGCGACCUUCUCUCCCAUUUGCGGUUUUCUGCCUAAUUGUGCGACCGAGGAAAUAUUUAUUUUUCACACAAGGAAACGUGUAGCUUGUAGAGACGGCUGAUUUCAGUUACGUGUGCAGCCCCCAAGGGGCUGUCUUUGUUCUCUCCUCCCCCCCCC